AUGUUCAAAGUCCGGGUUCAUAAGGUGCAGCGUUUUCGCUCAGCUGAGCCCAAAAAUAGAAUUGCAAAAAUACCACCUGGUGAAUCUUUAACGGCCCGAUACCACUCCCCGAAGCGGCCGCUGGAGCUGGGUCCACCUCUGCACUCGGGACAAGGUGCUGACUGGCAGGCUGGUGCCAUUUUUUUACGCACCGGUGGUUCCAUUUCCCGAUUCCAUUCAAGCGUCUUUAAGGCAAGAAAACAGGAGCACAGCACCCAGCUUACUCCUGAUUACACGUCUUUCUCCCGGAUUUUUAUGCAGACGGGGAAAGUGAGUCAGAGUUCUUUCUGCAAAUCUCCUUGUGCCAGGACUACGGUGUAUCUGAAGGGGCAAAUGAGGAACUAUUCCUCGCAGGUGCCCAGCGAGAGCCGAGGUGGCGCAGGAAGGAAAUGCAGCCAUUGGCAGACCUGUGCGGGGACUCGGGAUGGGAGCGACACCGUCCCACCUCUCGUUCUGGCUAAGGCCGAAGAACUCCUGUUUGCUGCGCCCCCACACGGCCACUCCCAGAGGAGCAGGGAGGUUGGUGGAGCUCAGCCCCUCGGGAGCAGACAAAGCGGAGGUGGACCUGGUUGGAGAGACAAACAGAUGGCACAGACACAUAGGCCUUUCAUCAGAGAGGGAAAGCUGUUGCCCUUUCAAAGCAGAAUUCCGUCAUCGGGGCUGAGACGUGCAUCAGCUGCGAAGCGCUCUGUGGCAUCGAGGCACUGGCGCUCGGAAAACUCUGAGGGCACCACGUGGCCGUAUUCAGGAGGCCAAAGAAGCCACGACGAGUUCCAGGAUGUGCAGAUCCGGGAUCCAGAGAUGGCGUCGUGGCGCAGGAUGCAGCUCCUCCUGGAAGUACUUCAGAGCACUCAGCAUGACGAUAAGGCCUUUCGGGAAGCCAAGUGUGUGGACAGGUUGAAUCGGCGGGGCAGCGAACCUGGCGAUCUCUACAAACCCCGGUGA